AAAAGCCUCUGACCUUUCUGUAGAUAUCACAACGGAGACGCUUACAUCAUCGACGUGUCUCAGUCGGUGGAGCACGACCAUCCGCACGCUCUCGAGUUCCUCAGGAAGGACUGCAGCAACGUCAACGAGUUCUUUGUGAAGCGUGGCGUGGCGGUGAUGACGGUCAGAGAGCUGUUUGACUUCAUCACCGACCCGUCCAUCACCUGGCACAACAUGGACCAGUACCUGCACAAGGCGAUGAUGAUAGCAGCUGAGCGUACGUCAGAGCAGCGUACAGAUCAGGACCGAGUGGACGACGAGGUGUUUAAGAAGGCCUACAUCCCCCGCACCCUGACGGAGGUCAGUCACUACGAGAGAGACGUGGACCUGAUGAAGACCAAGGAGGAGGAGUCAGCUAUCAGCGGACACAAGGACAACGUUCUGUACCAGACGCUGACCGGACUGAAGAAGGAUUUAUCUGGAGUCCAAACGGUUCCUGCUCUGCUGGAGGGCGAGCAGUCUUCAUCCUCAGAGGAAGAGGAGGAGGAGGAGGAGGAAGGAGAGAAAGAUGAAGAUGAUGAAGAGGAGGAGGAGCAGACUGAAGAAUCUCAGCUGGACAAAAAGGAGAAGAAGAAGAUGGUGAAAGAAGCUCAGAGAGAGAAGAGAAAAAACAAAGUACCCAAACACGUGAAGAAAAGGAAAGAGAGGGUGUCCAAGAUGAAGAAAGGCAAAUGAGGACUUCCUGUCUGUCUCUAAGGACUUCCUGUCUGUCUCUAAGGACUUCCUGUUUUGAUUGAGUUUGUAGAGAAACUUUUAAUAAACGUGUAAUCAUCUUCAGA